AUGGAGGGUUGGGACCCGAACACGAAGUCGACGCUAACCCAGAUCCCACUGUUGACGACGAAGGCCGGGCCGAGAGAUGGGGCGGCAUGGACGCAGAGGCUGAAGGAGGAGUACAAGGCUUUGAUCGCCUACACCCAGAUGAACAAGUCCAACGAUAACGAUUGGUUCCGAAUCUCCGCGGCCAAUCCCGAGGGGACACGUUGGACCGGCAAGUGCUGGUACGUCCACAACCUCCUCAAGUACGAGUUCGAUCUCCAGUUCGAUAUCCCUGUCACCUACCCAGCUACCGCACCUGAGCUCGAGCUCCCUGAGCUCGACGGCAAGACCCAAAAGAUGUAUAGAGGGGGGAAGAUCUGCUUGACAGUGCAUUUCAAGCCGCUUUGGGCCAAGAACUGUCCGAGGUUUGGUAUAGCACAUGCACUAUGUUUGGGUCUUGCACCAUGGCUUGCAGCAGAGAUUCCCAUUCUUGUGGAUUCUGGUAUGGUUAAGCACAAAGAUGAUGCUGCAUCGUCAGCUGAAUCUUAG